AUGGAGCAAGUGAACCGCAUGACAGAAUUCUUCCUGCUGGUCCUGACCCAGAACCCACAUGUGCAGAAACUCCUAUUUGCUGUAUUUCUGAUCAUCUACUUCCUCACCCUGUUAAGCAACCUACUCAUUGUUAUGAUGAUCACCACCAGCCCAGCCCUGGGUUCCCCCAUGUAUUUUUUCCUGUCCUUCUCAUCCUUCAUAGAUGGCUGCUGCUCUUCUACCAUGACCCCUAAAAUGAUAUUUGACUUACUUGCUGAAAAGGAAACUAUCUCCUUUAGUGGGUGCAUGACUCAGCUCUUUGCAGAACAUUUCUUUGGGGGAGUGGAGAUCAUCCUGCUCACAGUGAUGGCCUAUGAUCACUAUGUGGCCAUCUGCAAGUCCCUGUGCUACAUGAUCACAAUGAACAGGCGUGUGUGUGGCCUACUGGUGUCCCUGGCCUGGGCUGGAGGAUUUCUACACGGUCUGAUCCAAACUAUUUUCAUGGUCUGGUUACCCUUCUGUGGGCCAAAUGUCAUUGAUCAUUUCAUCUGUGACCUUUUUCCCCUCCUGAAACUCUCCUGCAGGGAUGCUCACAUCUAUGGGCUCCUUGUGGCUGCCAACAGUGGGCUGAUGUGUAUGUGCAUGAUCAUUUUUGCUAUUCUCAUCACGUCCUACCUCCUCAUCCUGUGCUCCCUAAAGACUGGAAGUCCUGAAGAGCGGUGGAAGGCUCUCUCCACCUGUGCCUCCCACAUUGCUGUAGUGGUCCUCUUCUUUGUGCCCUGUAUAUUUGUAUACUUUCAGCACAUGGUGACCUUCCCCAUUGACAAAGUGGUGGCUGUGUUUUAUACUAUGGUGACACCCAUGCUAAACCCUUUAAUCUACACCCUCAGAAACACAGAGGUGAAGAACGCCAUGAGGAAGCUCUGGGGCCGAAGACUCAUCUUGGGCAAUGAUUCGAAUGAAGAGAGAAUAUAA